UUUGAGUUGGUAUUUUCCUAAUGAUAGUAGAGAAGAUCGGCAAGCCAACAAAGCGGCGAGUACUCGAACGUAUCCUCGACACAAUUGGACAUUUUCCAGCAGCGAUGUGCAGUGAAGCUUCGAUUCGAACGCAAUUGGAAGGCGGUCGGAGUGUUCACUUCAUUGUCCGAUUGUCUGCCGGUGCGUUUGUUUGAUCGGUGCACGGGAAUAUCGCGUUUGUGCAAACAACUUUGUUGAUAUGGUAUAUGUAGCGGUACUACCGUGUUCAAAAGUUAGCAAAAACUGGAAAGAUUACAAUGUCACUCGGAUAUCUUGCAUUGUGCUUCUUGGUUGGCAAUCGUUAUUAAUUAUUGUGAUUUUUUCGCAUUCAGUGUGCCCUUUGCACUUCUAAAGUGAAGUUACCGCGCGUUACAUUGUUGAAAACCAUCGGCUUGCGAUCAGCAAUCCACGACGGCAUUUCUCAGAGGAUCCGGCAAAGAGUGUUUGAAUGAGUGAUUCGAAUUUCGGGAGGCGCGUUUGACGAAUUGCGAAGCUGGUGUUCGGGAAAACUGCGUUAAAGUUAUGCCUUCAUAAAUGUCGAUAUCAAUUAAAUAAUAUUGAAUAUAAACUUGACUGGUUUUAAUGGCCUUAAGUUUCCCGAUUAAUGCAAAAAUAAAAAAUAAAAAGGUGUGUGUCUAAUUUAUUAUAUUACAUCAACACGUGCAACUCGUUUAAAUCUCUCCUACUUCGGAACACUGCCAGAGUUACAUUGUACAUAUAUUAGCAACCGAAAAUUGGGGUAUUUGAGUUUCUUGGAGCAACUCUUUAUUAUAAGUUAAGGUGGCUGUCUCAGGUAUAGAUGACGCAAACAUUGGUAAUUGUUGGAAUGUCAACCAUUUUUAAUGAGUUCACUAAUAGCCUCACCAGUCACACUGUCCUAGCAGAAACUUUAGACGCUCAUAGAUAUGCAAGUGUGUAUGUAUGUAUGUAUAGGCGAUAUGAGUUAUUGAACGAUAUGGUUGCGUUCUGAUUUGCGAGACUUACGAUGCAUGUGGACUAGGAGUGGUUGUGGUAGGGUCGGAGUUACUUAUGUCAAAUAAUCGUUGAGUCAAGUUUCGGUAUGCCAUUGUUGCUAGCAAAUUAUCAAUCGGGUAUUGUUGUUGCUCAAGUAGCAUACGGCAUGUUACUGGAUUACAAUAACAUUUGCGUGAUGAAUAGAAUAAAUGCUGAUGACAAGCACAACCGCAAGUAUCUACUCAAAUUAGCGACAAAUGAUUUGUUGGACGAUGAGAGAAUGUCUUUACCGGCUGUUGGGUCGCGAACAGGGUCUGCCACUGAGACAUUUUCAUAUCAGCAAAACCUUGACCUGUACUGUCAAAAAGAGACACAACAAAUAAACGCUCAAUACAAUUCCGUGGCACCAAGUGGCAGUGGUCCAACACCUCUUCAGUAUUUAAACAAUAUUUUCGGGUUGAAAGCUCCGUCACAAACAGCGUUCGUACACCCAAAUAUCUCGUCAGAAGAUGUUUUUAAUUUGAGAAGUUUUCAGUAUUCAAAUGCGACCAGGCAUUUCGAACCCAACCAUUGCGAUAAUCAAGCUCAAGAAAUAUGUAGCAGUAAUGUGCCCCAGAAGCAACCUCGCCUUUCUCUACUGUCAACAGGUAUGCCAGCUGAUCUGUCGAACCAAUUCAAUCAAGCGCCAAUCGGAAUUACCGCUACGUCUGCGUUGAAACGUGAAGGUAAUACGAAUGAUUCAUCAAUGAAUAAGAGUCCGCCGCGCGCAUCUCUAUUGGCAGCGACGCUGAAUGAAAUAACAUACGCUCUACCGAAAGGGCCUGGAGCGACAGCAAACGCGAUCACAACAGCCUCUGUUGCAGCGGAAGUCAAAGCCAGAGACGGAGUCAGCGGAUCAGCGGUAGCUGAAAGUCCAGAAGUGGUAGCAGUUGAGGCGGCAACGACGAAACAGCCGUCAGCGAUUUCCAGUCAAAAUAACCCAUCCAUGCGCGGCAUGCAAAACAUUAACGUGCGAGAACUCUAAAGAAAGACAAAAUUCGCCAAAGCAAGA